AUGGCGGCCACACAAGAAUCCACUCAACCAACCGCCGAUCCUCGUCGGAUGGGCAUGAAUAACUCUGGCCUCGAGGACCAAGAUGUGUCCGAUAUCAUCUGUACCCUUCAUCCCAAUUCUCGUGUUACCCAUGAUGCUGUUGCUGCCACACGGAAACUCAACCCUCAGCAUAUCCUUCAAAGGGAUGCUUUGGACUAUGAGUCUCAAACCGCAACAAUGGAUCUUGCCUUAAGGCUAUCAUCCAAUGUACAGAACCUAGGGAUGGGUUUCUGCUUUGGUCGGAAUCCAGCUCGCUGUGACGUUCUUUUGACGGUUGACGAUGGAGCGAAGCGUGUAUCCAAUGCCCACUUUCGCAUUUAUCUGACAGGAGAUGGAAUCCUCAUGCUUCAGGAUACCUCCACGAACGGUACCAUCGUGGACAACUGCCGCCUCCGGAAAACCCAAAAAGAAAACAGCAGAAUGCUUGUAAAUGGAUCUGUGAUUCAAGUUGUCAUUGGCGACCACGCCUCGGACGAGGUCCGGUUCCUGGUCCGAAUUCCACCACGAGAGGGAUUCGCUGUUCAAUACGAGAAGAACUUGCGAAAUUACUUUCGAAGAGUUGUGGAUGCUGCUCCCACGCACAAAGAGCAUACCGGCCCUCACCCUUCUGUUCUGACAUGGUCAUCCUCGAAACCAUACGGCAUGCAUUGGACAGGGGGUUCAAUGUACAACGUGACAGGGCAAAUCGGCAAGGGUGCAUUCGCUACCGUCUACAAGAUUGCGACUAAACAGCAAGGUGCCAUCUUUGCUGCGAAGGAGCUGGACAAGCGCCGCUUCAUGAAAAACGGCAUAUUGGAUCAAAAGGUUGAUAAUGAGAUGAAGAUUAUGAGGGAUCUCACACAUCCAAACAUCGUUCAAUAUGUCGACUAUCACGAACACGAUCGGUGGAUUUACAUCAUCAUGGAAUACGUCCCAGGAGGCGAGCUGUCUACAUACCUUCAAACACAGGGCAAAAUUGCCGAGGACCAGGUGAGAAUUAUCGCGCGACAAGUGUUACGAGCUCUCCACUAUCUGCAUAAACGGAAAAUCACCCAUCGCGAUAUCAAGCCUGACAAUAUCUUGAUCUCUUCUUUGGAACCCCUCAAAAUCAAGCUAUCGGACUUUGGUUUGUCGAAGGUGACUGAACAGGAAACCUUCCUGAAGACAUUCUGCGGUACCCUCUUGUAUUGUGCGCCGGAGGUGUAUCCCGAUUAUGAACAAUACCGACGCGGAGAGUUCCGAAAGAGACGUCGUGUCGGAGACCCACCUCCUAAAACGUCCCCUUAUAGCCAAUCAGUCGACAUAUGGUCUCUUGGUGCAGUUCUUUUCCACAUUCUCUCCGGUGUUCCCCCAUAUUCCGGUCGAGCAGAAGAUAGAGGCGUUCAAAUGCUCCGCACUAUCAUGACAAGUGAUGCCGAUUUUGAUUUCCUGCGCCACGCAGGUAUUUCUGAAGAAGGCAUUGACUUUGUCGCUCAACUUCUCAACAGGGAUCCAUUUUCGCGCCCAACAGAGAGAGAAUGCUUCCAACAUCCAUGGAUUGCGACGGUCCCCGAUGUGGAUGACUAUGAGGAUGAUGAUGAUUUACUUUCAGAAUGUCAUGACGGGCUUUCAAUCAUUGGGGAAGAUCCUGAGGACGAGCUGGAUGCUUCGCAGCUGUCUAUCGCCGAUGGGCCUGGCUUCGCCCAUGGAGCCGAACAAGAAGAGCACAACAGCAGUGAAGCUCUUGCCAAAAAGCCUCGCAUUGAGUACAUUCCGACGGCUGUUCGUUAUCCAAGCCUACCAAAGAUUGAGAGCUUCCAAGAUUCCCAAGCCUAUGUGGAUCAACAAGCUAAACGGCUCUUUGGCGAGAUCCCCUCUUCGGCCUUGCAAAGCUCUCACGCCUUGGGCAACUUUGGCGCAUAUGACUUUGAUCACAUCCAGAUCGAGGAAUACGCCUCUUCCGGUGAGUCGAUGAUGAGUGACGACCCCAGAGACUCGAUCAUUUCCCUCCCGGAAAACCCCUUCGGCGGCACCGCCCCCAGCCUGAUGGGUGCGGAGAAGCUGGUUGGAGAACUUCACAUGAAUUCCUUGCAUUCCAUCAUGCAUUUCAAGGCCGGCGCCGUUAACGAAUCAUCAACGCGGCAGACCACACCUGGACACGCCAAGGAGCCCACGAGCCCUCAUAGUCCCACUGUCCAAGAUCCGGGUUUAUUUCAACUGGCUUCCAGUCCCCAGGAAACUCCGAAAGCCAAAUUCACUCGGCGAAUCGACCUUGCGGUGCCCGACACAGCCAGCGAAGCCUCUAGCGAUAGUAGUCCGCAGAACAGCCAAGAAGCUCCCGCCCCCGUGACUUCAGUAAAGCCACGCAAAUCAUUCUAUGACCCGGAGCUCGCCACGACUCUCGAUGCCCAGACAGGCGAAAUAAUUCUGGAGCAGUUCCGUGAAGAAUCAGAGCCAUGUGAGCCAAUUGUUCAUCAGCCCUCGAUACAUCCAGAGUCUUUUGCGAAGCCGCCAAAACGAUUUGGCAAGUUAAGAUCUCUUCCUGGUUCUAUAUUCGAUCUGACGAUAUUCCUGGAAAACCGACUCACGUCGUGGGGUCGUGGCCCACUAGCGACAGUUCAACACACAGACAUCACAGACACAAGGAUCCCCGCCUACGCCUUGGAGCUUACAUUCUGGGCACCGGGAAUCGAGGCGAAGAUUGCAACUGGCGAGAACUGGCAAAACAUUCCUGGAGUUAUGGCCAUAAUCUCCACGAAAGCCCGCAUGGGCAUAUAUGUCAACGGCACUCUACUCGAACGGGGUCCACCAAACGAAAACAGACCGAACCAGUGUACCUUCGGGAAACUCUACAAUGGGGACGUUAUCACCGUGUACCAACACAAAAACAAGAAGAAGUUUCUCAAACUUCAAUGCGAAUUCACCUUUGGCGAUAGUGCCCAGUCCCGGCCCGUGAAUGAACCCUUUACCAUGCGGCAGGGUUUGAUGACCAAGGCCGGAGCCGCGAACCGAAUGCCGACUCGGCCGACGCGGAAAUAUCAGGAUCAGGAUUGA